AUUUUUUGAAACGUCAGAAACCAGCGAUAACCAACACACACGCGAUUGUUCGGACUUCAUUCAGGGAAUAAUUAGACAAAAACAAAUUGAAAUUUUGCAAUUGAAAUUAAUUAAGUGAUGAGCCGUUUAGAAUUACAACAUACUCUUACGGGCCAUAAAGGUCGCGUAUGGGGAGCUGACUGGCACCCAACAAAUAACGCAUUGGCAACAUGCGGUGAAGAUAAAACAAUUCGAUUGUGGUCUCAAGAAGGGAACCGAUGGAUUACCAAAACCAUCCUGUCGGACAGUCACACUAGAACUAUACGUGAUAUAGCUUGGAGUCCUUGUGGACAGUUUUUGGCCUCAGCCAGUUUCGAUGCCACAACGGCCAUUUGGGACAGAAAGUCUGGUCAGUUCGAGUGUAACGCAACACUUGAAGGUCAUGAAAACGAAGUGAAAAGUGUAUGUUGGUCUAAGUCCGGUUCACUUUUGUCGACGUGCAGUCGUGACAAAUCGGUUUGGAUUUGGGAAGUAGCUGGCGAAGACGAGUUCGAAUGUGCAGCGGUACUUAAUGCUCACACACAAGAUGUAAAGAAGGUUACUUGGCAUCCGCAUGUUGAUAUCUUAGCAUCGGCUAGCUACGAUAAUACAAUUAAAAUGUAUAAAGAAGAUCCAGCCGAUAACGAUUGGACGUGCAUUAGUACAUUGACCGGUCAUACAUCGACCGUGUGGAGCAUAGCAUUCGAUGGUACCGGUAACAGAUUGGCAUCGUGCAGUGACGACAGAACUGUUAAAAUUUGGCAGUGUUAUAUGCCUGGAAAUGAGGAAGGCAUUGCGACACCCGAUGGUGAUAUGGUGUGGAAAUGUGUGUGUACAAUUGCUGGCCACCAUACGAGAAGUAUUUACGAUAUCUCCUGGUGUCCACAAACAGGUCUUAUAGCGACGGCUUGUGGAGAUGACAUAGUUAGAGUCUUCAAGGAAUCCGAAAAUUCCACGAAAUUAGCCCCAGAGUUCGAGAUUGUUGCUUCUCAACAUGGUGCUCAUUCACAAGAUGUAAAUACAGUGAAAUGGUGUCCGACAACGACAGGACUAUUGUUGUCCACUAGCGAUGACGGUGAUGCGAAAAUUUGGAAAUAUGAAAUUUAAACAUUGUUAUUAUGACGAAUGUGUUGGUUUUGAUUUAUUAAAAGGCGCCUCAGUCGGACUGUGUAGUGCACACUAUUUUGCAUA